AUGCUAGAAGACUUAACUCGCACUCGUCUCAGUCACCGCCGAAAGAUAUCGACUGAUGCGAUUCCUGCCUUACGAGAGAAGCUUGGCACAGGCUCCAAUAAAGCUGUGAAUUGGAUCGGUAAUCAAAUUCGAAAAGUACGUAGAGGAUCGGAUUCAGAAAGUGAUGAAUCGGGUUCACUCUGGGGUACGUCAUUUGAGAUUUAUCCAGAUGAACCAUUAGGACCGGCAACUGCUUUGGCUGAAGGAUAUGUUCCUUUGAGUCGAUUUCAUUCUCAAAAACGUUCGACUGAUCUUACUAAUCGGAACCAUACCGUUCAAGCUGAUCACAUCUUCAGUCUAGAUCAAUGUAAACUUGAUGAGAGACAACCGCUCAUUGAAUCCGAGACAUUAAACCCACCCAGCACUUCUCGUACAAUCGAAGGGCCAAGGAAGCGAAGGCAGAAAACACUAGAUCCCGAAGAACCACGUAGGUUGCUUGCACCAGUUGAGCUAUAUGACAGACCAUGGUCAGGUAUGAUAACAGACGAUUCUCAAAGCUUACUUGGCACGUCCGAUGAUCCGUACCGUAAGUAUGAAGAUCAUUCAUCUAAUCCGAAACCGACUUCUUCCAUGAGAAAAGCUUUUCAAUUCCCAGCUCGUCGACCACCUAAACGGUCCGAAACUGAUCUUUCAACCCAUACUCCUUCAACUAAACUUCAAAAUUGGUUUAACAAACCUAAGGAAUCAAACUUUGGAUUUGGUGCUUCGAAUCGACGGGAUACUGAGAAGACGUUUGGAUCGACGUACAAGAAUCCUUCUCGUCAUGCUACUACACCUUCUCAAUCUAAAUUGAGCUUCCGAGUACUCCUUCCACAUCCUUGA